ACACAUUUCACAUAAGGCCUCUGCCUCUUCCAAAGUCACAUCCAUCUUUCAAAUGGCUUCCUCUUCAGCUCACCUCAACCACCACCAACCUUUGAAAAAACACGGUGGAGCCACGGCGGCGCCUCCACCAACUCCGUCAUGUUCACAUCCCAACACCACCAAAAAACCGGAAACAGCAGUCGACGCUCUCUCCAGCCUUUUCCACCGUCUCCCUCCUUUGCUUUCACUCCCCAACCGCCGCUUCUCCGACGCUCCUGCAUCCUCCGUCGAUUCUCUUCCGAUGGUAUCCCUUUCCGCCGGAGAACGAGAAAGCUGGGACGAUCUUAUCUCCGCCGCUACUGAUUUUGGAUAUUUCCAACUCUCUAUCGAUGACUCCGAUAUUGUUAUCCCUUCUGCACUCGCUGAAGCAGCCGAGACUGACUCGCUCUCACUCUUAGACCUCAGUGAAGAGAAGAAAGAAACGUCGUUUCCAAAAAACUGGCCGCUGGGAUACGAAGCCGAUGCUGAAACGCCGUCGCUUUGCCUUGACGUCGACUGCUCAAACGAGUCGAGUGAGUUGAACCUGAGUUCCCUCCGCGAGUUCACUCGGACUCUAGAGAAAGUUGGACUGAAGACGGUAGAGAUGCUGGCUAGCGCACUCGGAUUCGAAUAUGACUCGACCCGGUUUAAUACUCUGAUGUGGCUUAACCAAGGUGUUCCUGAUGAUGAACCGGAGAUAACCAACGGAUUUUAUCCCUUUGUUGUAUGUUUACAGUAUCAGGUAAGGGAGGACAAGUAUUGUUUGCUGACCGAGUCUGGCUGGGUGUCCGUUUUGCCCGGAGUUGACUCUGUUCUUGUGACGUUAGGUGACAUUGCUCAGGUUUGGAGAAACGGAGAGGUGAAAAGAGUUAAAUAUCGACCAGUGUUGUGUUCGGGACAAAACGAUGGUCCAAACAAGUGUGUGACAAUGACAUUGAUGCUUACACUUCCCAUGGACACUAUGGUUUCUCCGUUAAAAGAUAUGAUCAGUGACGGUGACAAAGAAGAAGAGUAUGCAGAGGAGGAGGGAGAUGGAGGAGCAAGAAGUGAUGAGAAAAGGGCAUUCAGAUCUUUUUGUUUCAAGGAGUACGCAUGGAGAGUGUACCAAGAACGUCUCUUCUUCAGGGAUCCACUUGACAGAUACCGAUCGAAUCAAAUCUUAUAAAGAUUUGAAGAACUGAUGUUUGAUUUGUUUGUUUCCUAGGUUGAGUACCUAGAUUCGGUUUUGUUGUUACUUUUUUUUGUUUUCCUAAAAAUCUUCUGAUUUUGCAGCGGAUUAUUAUCAUUUUUUGCAUUGAAAUUUUGUUGUUUUUUGUUUUUGUUCGAUUCAGUUUCGGAGUAUGUUCCAUUUUGAUUGUUCCUUUAUUUCGACCAUCAUUCAAAAUUUCAAAACAUUUUUUCUCGUA